AUGUCACCAUCACCGCCUCGAGCCCGAGCAUCUCGGAGCUGCGGUAACUGUCGAGCCGUCAAACGACGUUGCGAUAAGCAGUCCCCGCAAUGCGGCCAGUGCAUUCGCACCAAGGAAACAUGCCAGGGAUACCGAGAUGAGUGGGACCUAGUCUUCCGAGACCAGACAAGCCAUACCAUCAAGCGGUCCAAGAAGAGUCCACGAGGAAAUGAUACAAUCUCGACCGAGCUUACUACAACUCCUACUACGACCCACUCCCACUCACCUCGUUCACCUCCACCUGCCCGUGGCCCAGACCCCAAUCUGGAUGACAUAGGCGUGAACUAUUUCCUCCAGGACUUCGUGGCGGGCGGCCGUGUCCCGACACGCGGUUAUCUCAACUAUAUUCCGAACGUAUACAGCUCCGAUUCCGAGCAUCCAACUCUCAUCGCCAGUAUGGCAGCCGUAGGCCUCGUCGCACUAGCAACUCGACAGCCCGAGCUCGCCGCCCACGCGCGCGCCAAAUACUCCGAAGCAAUCCGCCACGUGAACAAUGCCAUCGCCUCGCCGACCGAGUCCGUCAAGGAUAGUACUUUGAUGUCGGUAAUCUCGCUCGGUGUCUUCGAGCACGUGUCGAAUUUCGAAUCCUGGGUUCGACAUGUUAAAGGUGCUGCCUCUUUGGUGAUUGCGAGGGGUAAAUCUCAAUUCUCUAGUAGGGUGUCGAUUUUGAUGUUUAACCAGGUGCGCGCGGACAUGUGUGCUGCUUGUAUUCAAAGUAUACAGCCAUUCCCGGAUGAUAUGCGCGAGCUACAGGACGAAGCAACCAAGUAUACCGAACCGACCGAUGCGUUCUGGAUACUUGGCAUUCUGAGCUCGCGCUGUGCAACGCUGUUCGCGCGCGUGGUGGCGAAGAAUAAGGGCGCUGCUCUGACCAUCUCUUGGUCUGACUUUUUAGAAGAGUCGAUUGCGCUUCAGGCGGGAUUCAAGACCGCCGCUGCCAUCCUCGCUGUGCAACAGCCAUACACAUCGAUUCAAGAGCCCAAAGGUAGCUCGGCGUUUAUUUCCUUUAGGGGGGAGGUAUGA